AUGGCAGGGGCUUGGAGGGCACUGGUGCUGGUGGCAGGCUUGGCAGCAGUGGUGUCUGUGGCCCAGCGCAGUCUGAGCUAUGAAGAGAUUAUCAACCAGGCCCUGUGGUUCUUCAAUCAGGGGCGACCAGGACAGCGCCUCUUCCGCCUCCUCGUAGCCAUCCCGCCACCUAACCUGAACUUCACCACCAAUAUCCCGCUCAACUUCAGGAUUAAAGAGACUGUGUGCUUUUCUACCAGGUUCCACCUCCACCGUCAGCCUAGAAAAUGUGCCUUCAGGGAGGGCGGGGAGGAACAGAACUGCAAUGGUACCUUCUUCAUGCUGCCACAAUUUCGCCUCCUGUCGUUCCAAUGCACCAAGGACCCAGACCGUGAGAGAGAACUCAAUAGGCAGACUCAUUCCCACCUGGAGAGAGGGGCCACAGAUAAGACAGGAAAGGGGGCAAUCUGUGUGGAUGAUGGGAGUGACCAUCCAGCAUCACUUCUGCAGAUCCCCCGUGUGAGGCGUUCUGCUGCAUCCUCUGAAGUGGCUCCUCCAGAAACUGACAUCUCCAAACUGCCACCAGUGGCCAGGGACCUGUACGAGAGAACCAAGUACGACAUCAUCAACAACAUCUUGAGGAACUUCUAGGGCUGGAGAAGGGAGAGGAGGCCCUGCAACCCCAUCAGGGCCUUCUCUUCCCACUCACCCACUCCCUCUGCUACUCUUAGCACUCUCUUUAGGCAUAAUCUGAGCCCACCCAUACUCCUCUGCCUUUGAACCCCUGCUUCCUUCUGCCUGGAAUUCUUG